AUGAGCGACUUGCAGGCUACCUUCGAGUUCUCCGUAGAACUUUACAAGUUCUACAAUGUCGACCUCUUCCAAAGAGGGCUUUAUCAAGUACGCGUUGGUUUACGCGUAUCGCCAAAGGUGCCGGUGCACAUCGAGGCUUCGGUGUCGAGCGGAAAUGGAGCGGCGAGGACCGGCAGACCAUCCACUGCCGCCUCGCUCAUUGGAGGUCUGGCAGCAUCACGGGCCUUCCAGAUCAUGUACAGGAAUGAAGAGGUUACGCUGCGAGACAUCAUUCACUUUAGAGCCCAUUUGCUAGUUGAUAGCCGCAAUUUAAAAGAAUCUCUAGAACGCGCAGAAUGGAGCCUUGGAGUAGAACUAUGGUGCAGCGAAGGGGCUCAAUCUAGUACCCUUGCACCUGUCUCAUGCCGUGUCCUCAAACUCCACUUCCAACCUUCGCAAGGUCUACAUUACCACCUCCCAGUCCUCUUCGAUUAUUUCCAUCUAUCCUCUGUUUCCAUAACCAUACAUGCGAGCCUGGUAGCUUUGCAUCAGCCAUACAUUAAGAAAAGUAUCAUGCAUUAUGUACAAAGCUGUACCCCACGUUCAAGCAAGCAAUGGGGAAAACUAAUGAAAAGUGCUGGUGCCAAUUUUAAUACAUCAGGAAGCUUCGAGAACGUGCUCUUCGGCUCUACGGGGAAGUGUGCCGGGGGUAACUCAAGCAAAAUAGCACACGCGAGGCAAGUACAUGCUGAGGUGUGUGGAAUUCUACUAGGCUCUUUGGAAGGGUUACAAACUGCUUUAGCAAUAUGCGGUUCAACGGGUGUGAUGCUUACCCCUGAGGAGUCCACUUCAAAUUCCGUCGUUGGAGAAGUGGCGCAAAGAAUAAAAGAUCUCAGCGAUAUCGGCAAGAAAGCAGAAGCAGGAGAGGAGGAGGAGUGGGCUGCGGGCGCUGCACAUGAUAUUGCGCGGCUGUGUGCGGAGGUGACGCUGCGCUGGCGUGCCUUCCUCCACCACACCACCGAUCGACCACACGUGCACCACGCGCUAGCAGCCAGUCACCACGCAUUACGAAUCAAGCGCUUCUCCGAAUGCUUCUUUGUGCUGGAUAACCCAAGGCAUUCCCUGGCCGGCUGCUACGAUAGCAAUUAUCAGUCCUACCAAAGCGUAGGUGAAGUAGCAAGACGUUCAAGAUAUCUCGCUCUACUACCUCCGCUACCUGUACAUUGUAUAGCACUUGAUGGAGAUCCACACAUCAUGCCCAUCAUAUUUGAAGACAGAUAUCAGGACACAGCGGAAUUUGCAAGGCGCCGUUCGUUUCUUAAUUCAAAUGCUAAUAAAUCUGGGAGCGAUCCAUUUUUGUGCUCUGAAUCAUUGCCAGAUGAUUGCGCAUGCAGUAUUAGUUCAUUAAUGGAUUCAAGAAGGCCAUCAUCCGAAGCUUCCAGAGUCACACUAACUUUGCCUAAAACUAUAAUUGAUGUGCUCGAACCCCAAUUUAAUGCGCCCAAAUCUAAUCCCAAUAUUGUCCAAGCAACAUUAACUUUAGCCCCUCAAAAAUCAGCUCGUGGAUCUCCGAAACGAGCAUUAGUUAAACAGAAUGUUAUUGAACUAAACAAACCUCACAAUAAACAACUUGAAAUAACUGGAAGAAACAGAUAUAUUGUUCAAAAUAAUCAAAUUAGUGAAAUUCAACUACCACCUAACAAUGCUUUUGCAUCAUGUUCUAUCCAACAAGGACAGCAAAUGUCUCGGUACUCUACUUCAACGUUAAUAGACAUAAACUCAUUAAAAAGCAAUACAAAUGUAUCGCAUUUAGGAAUGGAUAAUUCAAAUCGGAAUGAAGUGUUUCGUCAGAAACAUGAAAUAACUAGUGGAGUGAGCACAUUACCAGCCAGACAUAGCAAAUCGUUAGACCAAUUAAGAAUAUCACAAAUGGCACAACCUCUUAGUAAUACUACAGCGUUAUCAAAGAAUGUUAGAAAUAGUUCUAAUCAAUCUGUAAACUAUCCAAAACCAUAUUUACCACCACAUCAAAUGAAACCUACUACUCUUCCUCGAAGUGUCACAACAACAGCUUAUCCCACAAAUACAACAGUAAGAUGCGGAUCUAAAGGGGAUGACUAUAGAAGAAAUAUCAGUGAAUUUAGAGAGAAAUAUAAAAAUCCGUGCAAUCUUAAUAUUAAUCAACAUGGAAUGAGUAAUGAGGUAUUUCACAAUGUAGGAUAUAAGUACGAUGGAGUAAUAAAAUCUAAUCCUAACCAGGUGUACGGAUAUACAUUCGGUAAUCAGGGUACAAUGCAAACAAAUAAUGUUAUUCGAAAUCCAUUAGAAUUUCAAAGAGGCUACAGUGUAAAUUUACCCCGUCCUAUGUUGCCUCCACGUAAUUCUUACCCACCUGUUAGUGGUAAAACUCAAGUGACUGAUCAAAGUAAUUUAGUUUCUAAUAAACAUGUUCAUAGAUCAAAUUCUACCCAUGGAUUUCAUCAAAAUAUGGAUACCCAGCAUAUUGACAUUGAAGCUGCCCGUAAUCAACUUAGACAUGAACUUAAUUACUAUUUGCAAAAAGGUGACUGGAGUUAUGAUUUUAACACUGGUAGUUUGAUUCAAAACUACCAGAAAAAAUCAAGUAAAAGUAGUGACGACAGUGGAUUUGUAAUGACUUUAGACAGAAGUAGUGACGGGACAUCAAAAUCAAAUUAUUCAAAAACACCGCCGUCUACACCACAUUCUACUAUGCCUUCGGUAAGACAUAAAAAGAGCCGAUCAAAAGAAUCUAAAUUAAAUAACAGCUAUAAAGACAAUUCCAAGAUAAAUUCUAGUCGAGACUCCUUAAGUAGCCAUCAUUCCAUAAAAUCAAGAGACAGCAAGUCUGACCGCCAAACAUCAAAAUCGGAACGAAGUACUCCAAAAUCCGAUAGAGUAACACCAAGGUCAGGCAAGAGUACUCCAAAAUCGGGAGGUGUUACCCCAAGAUCUGGAUUGGCUACUCCCAAAUCCGGUAGAGUCACACCGAAAUCAGGACUGGCUACUCCAAAAAGUGGUAGAUCUAGUGGCAAACUGGAAAAACGUACAAAACGUAGAGAGAAAAUAGCCCAAUUAAUAUCAAAAACUGCUUCUUCGUCGAGUAAUGAAAGCAUACCAUUUGAAUUAAGUAGAUUAGAAUCAUCGGCCAGUGUACCAUAUAGUCUUGAUCAUGGCCCAGAAUUACUUCGACACUGUAGAAGUGCCGCCUCUGUUUUGGAUGAACCUAAUCUUAACAAUACUUUUGGUUCAGAAUCCCUUCCGAAUUUAGCACCACCACCAGCCUUUGAAUCACCGCCACUAGAUAUUACUGAUAAAGAUUUUAAAAUAUUGCCACCAGAUAAUUUCCUUACCAAAGAAGAAAAAAGAAGUCGUAGUAACUCAACAUCAAGCCUAAGUGAACAGAGUGGAUGGGUAUCUAGUGGUCGUAGUUCAGGUCCAUCAACACCGGAUAAUGCCAGUUGUCAAUUAAAUCAAAAUUAUUUACCUAGCACCUCACAUGCGACUAAAGUAUCAAAUAAAAAAUAUAACAAUGGUGUGGAACAUUGUAAAGUAGAUGGUGAAUUAAUAAGUGACUCAAAGCAAGCGCUUAAUGGGGAACAGUUACGAGAGCGGUUAUUGAAAUUAGCUGUAAAAGUGGCUCAGAACUCGAAUGAGAAAAUUGAAUGUUGUGAUAAAGAAGUUUGCGAAGAGUGUACUAUAUGUAGUGAUUCCAUAUGCACGGACAGUCAAUGUGAAUAUAACAAGUUAAUGCACAGUAAUGGUAUAGAUGCUGGAUGUAACUCAGACACGUGUACGGCGAGUUGUUUCCAACAAUGUUCAGAACCAAGCGUAGGUAAACUUAAUCAAAGACACAAUUCAUUUAGUGCCGUUCAAGGUAAGUCAUUUAGUUCUACGUCGAAAAAUUCAAAUGAAGGAACAGUAAAAAAAUCUCAAACUAUGAAUGAAAACCUGCAUCCAUACAUACGUAAAGAGAUCACCCCAAAACUACAACAAAUACCAGCAAAAUCUAGUUCCAUAGAUAAAACCAAAUUAAGAGAUAGGAUAGAAUAUACAGAAAAAUUGAUAGCAGCAGAAAUAAGAAGUCUAUCAGUAGAAAGGCCAUGUAAAAGUCAUGUGACAAAAUCAAGUGCUGUAGCCGCUGUACAAAAGUACCAAAAUAAAGCCCGGUCUGAAGUGAAUUUAGCGCAUUUCCUUGGAGAUAAUGAUUAUGAGCACUUGCCACCUCCUCAACAAUUUCGAGAUGCACCACCACCUCCUGAUGAAUUCAAGGACCCACCAACAAAAUCUCCUAAACUAAGCAGACAAAGUAGCAAAUCCUCUACACCCUCUAAAACUCCACGAAAACAAACAGCACAGCCAUCAACACUACAGUUAGAUAAUCCAUUGUAUCACGUAUGUGAAGGUAUAAUGGAGAGACGAAAGCUGAGACCCCUGCAGUCAGUAAGCUCAGGAAAUGUUACUCCUGGAAGCACGCUUAACAAAAGUCAAAGCACUGGAGAACUUGCUAACAGAAAUGAUAACGAACAACGAGAGAGUAACCUUGUCAGCAUAUUCGGUCUGGCAGAAUCUGAGCGUCUAUUCGUGAAAUGCAGAGAGGAGUUCCGACAAAGUGUCAAGUACCCGGGAGCUAUUUACUCCGAUUUUCCACCUGUGGAGAACUCCCUACCUUACUUUCAUAUUAGCGAUGAGUAUAGAAUGUUUAACCCUGAAGGUUUACACCUUAUCGUCUGUGUCCACGGAUUAGACGGAAAUGCAGCAGAUCUUCGGCUCGUGAAGACCUACUUGGAACUUGGUCUACCUGGAGCCAAAUUAGAUUUUCUUAUGUCAGAGAGAAAUCAAGGGGAUACAUUCUCUGAUUUUGAUACCAUGACAGACAGACUCGUGCAAGAAAUUUUGACACAUAUUCAAAAUUCUAGCGAACCAGCAAGAAUUAGCUUCGUAGGCCACUCUUUAGGUACUAUUAUCAUUAGAUCUGCUCUGGCAAGGCCCCAAAUGAAACCCUUCCUAGGAAAAUUGCAUACCUUCUUAUCUCUCAGUGGACCACAUCUUGGAACACUCUACAAUUCCAGUGGUUUAGUUAAUGCUGGUAUGUGGUUCAUGCAGAAAUGGAAAAAAUCAGGCUCUCUCCUCCAGCUUUCUCUCCGAGAUGCGUCAGAUCCUCGUCGAUCCUUCCUUUAUCGACUAAGCGAAAGGAGCCAACUGCAUCAGUUCAAACACAUCUUAUUAUGUGGAUCCGGUCAAGAUAGAUAUGUGCCACUGCAUUCAGCCAGGUUAGAGCUAUGCAAAGCUGCUGCUAAAGAUACGUCUCUGCUAGGACAGGCGUAUAGAGAAAUGGUGCACAAUAUGGUGUCUCCUUUGGCUGGUCGCGCCUCAACAGUGUCUGUGGUGCGGUAUGACGUUCAACAUGCACUCCCUCACACGGCCAGUGCUCUCGUCGGCCGAGCUGCCCAUAUCGCCGCCCUUGACUCUGAUCUCUUCAUCGAGAAGUUCUUACUAGUAUCCGCGCUGAAGUACUUCCGAUAGUGGACGUCUCAAAUCAAUAACAUGAUCAACGUGACCAUUCGUUUUGUUUGUCAGUUAGGAGGGAGGGACUCUUAUGAUUGAGUUCGAAAUUAUAAAUGAAGUAAUGAAUUUAUUUGAAUAUAUAGUUCUCAUGCUCCAUUUUUAAAUACAUAUUGAUAAUAAUCUAUAUAUAAUAUACAUAUACAGUAUGUAUAGCACUAUUUUGCUCUGACUGGGGACGUAUAGAUACGUACGUAUAUAGCGUAUGGUCACGUUAAACAUUGAGUAUGGUUAUGGUGGUGGUGGUGGUGGUAAGACACUUCUCAGACUAUUUUAAAACUAAAACAUACAUCCUCAAGUCAUUUCCAUAUUCAAGUACUUAAAGUCUUAGGAGAUGUAAACGGCGUAAUUUUUUUUUAAAGCCUUAUCUUACUUGAAAUUAUAAACAAUUCUUUAGAAAAUGCUAUUCAAAAUAAUAAAAAUCAUACUUACAAUGAACACUUGAUAAUAUACAUACCAAAAAGUUUAAAUUAUACAUAUAAGUGUAUAAUGGCGGAAUUGUAAAUUUUUUCACUAGUUACGAAUUAUUACCAUCCAAUAUUAGGCCUAAAAAGAUUUUAAUGUUAUUAUGAGUGAUUUCAGAACUAUUAUUUUGGUUUAUUCUGUUUUUAAAUGAUAUACAAUUAUAUUUAGAAGUAUAAAAUGUUCAUUAUUCUCUAAAGAAAUAAAACUAAAAGUACCUAAAACUUAUGAAUAUAGUAAUAAUACGUAUUCUGCAUUAGAUAAUAAAUAA